AUGUCGUCGCCGAUCCCGAAGCCGAAAGGUGUUCCCAUCCUGGGAAACCUCUUCAAUCUCGAUGGUAACAAUGCCUGGGGCUCCUUCAACAAGCUAGCCAAGGAUUAUCGCCCCAUCUUCAAAAUCACCAUCCUUGGUCGCGAUAUAGUCUUUAUUACCGGUGCACACCUACUAGAGGAGAUUUGUGACGAAACACGCUUCCGCAAAUGUGUUGAAGGCCCCAUCAUAGCAAUCCGAGAUGCAGUCAACGACAGUUUGUUCACGGCACAGCACAAUGAAAUGGAAUCAUGGGGCAUUGCACACCGCAUAAUGGCGCCCCUGGUUUCGUGGGAAGCUGUUGAGCAGGUGUUCUCCGGCAUCCAAGAGACAACAGAUGACUUGAUCAAGAAAUGGACGGCGGGGUCCCGGCAGCGUGUCAAUUUGACGAGCGAUUUGGAUCGAUGCAACCAUGCCGCAAACAUGCUUUGCUUUUUCGAUCAGCGGGUACACUGUAUGGAGGGUCCUGAACCUCCGGUAAUUAAAGCCAUGGACUGCGCUACCAAUGAGGCGAUGCGCCGACCUCUCCGCCCCCGGCCACUCAACUGGUUGUUCUACAAUCGUAAAUGGAAAGCGUGGAUCAAGACGAUGCGUGACUACGGAGCCGACAUCGUUGAAACUCGAAAGAAGCACCCAACCGACAAGAAGGACAUGCUCCAUGCGUUGCUAGAAGGCAAAGACCCGGAGACCGGCAAGGGCCUGACCGACAGCCAGGUGCUGGAUGAGAUUAUCAAUAUUUUCAUUGGUAGUGCCACGGCACCCAACCUAAUCGCUUUCGCAAUGUACUAUCUGGCGAAGAACCCAGACGCAGUUGUCAAGGCUCGCGAGGAGCUGGACACUGUGGUCGGUGGUCCUUCUGUCAGGAUCGAACACGAACAUCUUGCUCGCCUCCCCUACACUGAAGCUAUCUUGCGGGAAUCCUUCCGACUCUCCGGCGUCGCCCCCGGCUUCAAUAUCCAACCUAUCCCUUCGAACGGGGCCCCGGUCCUGCUCGCCGGUGGUGAAUACGAAAUUCCCGAGAAGCAGGCCCUGAUCGCCAUCCUGGCGGCCGUGAAUCGUGAUCCAGCCAUCUUCGAAGACCCCGAAGCCUUCAAACCCGAGCGUAUGGUCGGCGAGAAUUUCGACCGACUCCCCAAGGGUGUGAAGAGGGGCUUCGGCAACGGUAAGCGCGAGUGCAUUGGCAAGCGGUAUGCCUGGCAAUGGUCCUUCAUGGUACUGGCGAGCAUCCUUAAGGAUGUGGAGUUUGAACUGGCGGACCCGAACUAUGUGGUGGGCAACGACGGUAUUAACUGUAACGGAGCAUUCAGUGUGCGGCCGCAGGAGAUGUUUGUGAUAACUGGACCCAGGGCUCGCGCUGCCUAA